AUGAAGCCGCUGAAAAAAAAAACUGUCAACUGGAGUCGAAGAUUUUUUGGUGCCUGGACGUCGGCGGGUGGAUUAGACGCUACUUGGACCGGCCGAUCCCGUUCGUGUCAGCUUCGGAAUCGACUCUUCUCUUCAACUCCAACCGUUCCUUUUGACUCGAAGGUUGUGCCUCGUUCAGAGUGAUUCCGUGGUUUUUCCCCGGCAAUCUUGUGAAAUAGCGAUAUUUUGCAAUGUUUCCCGAGUGAAAAUCGCGGAGUCACUCUGAACGAGGCUUCACUUCGAGGCCAAACUUGUAGUUGCUCCAAAAAAAGAAAGUCUUCGGGGUGUACGAGCCCCUUCGCCACCAACGAACAUAAAUUCUUGAAGAAGCGCGCCAGGAAACGGACGCCACCAGAUCGAUCGUUGGUGACGUCCACACCCGGCGCUGUACUCCAAGAGUCUCUGCAAGCUGGGAGGCAAAUGUGGUUGUUCAGGAGAAGAAUGUAG